GCGGCGCGUGGCGCGUGGCGGGACCGGGUCGUGCGGCGGGUGCUCGCGCUCUCUCGCUGGAGCGAGGGCGUCUCCUGCUGAGCCUCAGUUUCCUCAGUUUGCAGAGGCUGCGCACGCCCCGCACGCGGUACCCGGCGCCGCACCGCGCAGCCCCUCCGCGGGCCUGGGGCCCCGGCGCAGGCGCGAUGUUCGUCCUGGUGGAGAUGGUGGACACCGUGCGGAUCCCCCCGUGGCAGUUUGAGAGGAAGCUCAACGACUCCAUUGCCGAGGAGCUGAACAAAAAGUUGGCCAACAAGGUCGUGUACAGUGUGGGGCUCUGCAUCUGUCUGUUCGACAUCACCAGGCUGGAGGACGCCUAUGUGUUCCCAGGGGAUGGCGCAUCGCACACCAAAGUCCAUUUUCGCUAUGUGGUGUUCCAUCCGUUCCUGGAUGAGAUUCUGAUCGGCAGGAUCAAAGGCUGCAGCCCGGAGGGAGUACACGUCUCUCUAGGGUUCUUCGAUGACAUUCUCAUCCCCCCCGAGUCUCUGCAGCAGCCAGCCAAGUUCGACGAGGCGGAACAGGUGUGGGUGUGGGAGUACGAGACGGAGGAGGGAGCACACGACUUGUACAUGGACACGGGUGAGGAGAUCCGCUUCCGGGUGGUGGAUGAGAGCUUUGUGGACACAUCCCCCACAGGACCCAGCUCGGCCGAAGCCACGUCUUCCAGUGAGGAGCUGCCAAAGAAGGAGGCUCCGUACACACUUGUGGGAUCCAUCAGUGAGCCAGGCCUGGGCCUUCUAUCCUGGUGGACCAGCAGCUAGCACGGGGGCUCAACGGCGGACCUUGCCCAGUCCUGCAGACCCCAGCCCAGCCCCUGGGGAGGUGGUGCCACUGGCCUUGAAGACACCAGCUCUGCAGAGUGUGUGCCUUGCCAUCCUGGCCCUGCUCCAGCUUCCCUCGAGGCCCCACUGUCCCUGUGGACCUCUGCCAGAGACAUUUAAUAAAUCAAGGCCACGUCAGGGAGGAACCAGUGAUGUAAGGUCCCCAAGUUGCCACAGCUGAGACAGCAUGUCCUCCUCUCCCCGGGCCACUUCUGGAGAUGACCUCCCCUCUGGUGGGAUGUGGGGGUUGACAUUGUCGGUCUCAGGCUGGGCUCUGGGCUAAGUUUGGUGGCUCCCUAAAAUAAGAGCGAGAGGCCAGCCUAGGGUAGCUAUAGCUCCUGUCACCUCUCCUCCCCACUGGUGUUUGGAAGGUGGGGGCCUGGACUCAGCCCAGCCAGCGCCAUCUAGCCAAGUGGAGGCUGUCAGCUUAGCUGGCACAAGGUCAGGACUGGUGACCAGCUGUACAGCUGUCACUUUCAGACCUUGGCCACGCCAGGAACACUCAGGGUCUGCUGGUGACGCCAGGUCCCCAGCGAGGGCAAACACUGCAUUGUUUAUUCAGCAGAAUGGCUUUCCAGAUUCCUCCUGCUGCUUCACUCCUGCAGAACCGGUGGGCAGGCUUGCUCUCUAGCGCCCACCAGACGCCGGAUUUCUUAUCAGGCAAAUCGUGUGCCCUCCAUGGAGUGCACCUCCUUCCUUGGCCUCCUCAGCUCGCAUGGGCACCAGGGUGCGGACGUCACUCCAGGAGCAGCUGAAAGUGCCCCCCGCCACCCGGUGCCGUGGGCCAGGGGACCGUGCACAGCCUGGACAGGCUGUGGCCUUGGGUCUGUGCCCUGCUCGGGUGUCUAGGGGGCUGACCCUGUGCCCAGGGCAGGGCAGGAUCCAAUUCAUCUUGGACCCUACCUCCUGGAACGUGAGGGAAGCUGUGCAGAUGUUGGGGUGCGGGGAGGGGAGGCUGCCCUGUGGGCAGGCCACUGUGUCACUUGCCCUUCACUGCAGUGGCAGGUCCAGCGGGAGUGUCUGCUGACUGCUACAAAAACCCACCCUGAGCCCUGGAGGCAGUACCAAGUAUGGACACCACCACUCUCACACGGGGACAGUCACUGAGUUUGGAUUCUUAUUUUUUCAUAAGAGUAAAGUUUCUUUAAAAUC